AUGUUUUUCAAGGUGCUGUGUGUAUUGUCAAUGGCUAUAGUACUGACUGUAGGUCACGGCCACUCCUCACAGUACAUCCACAAAUACGACGGACAUCACCAGCCAGUGCAUCACGGGCACGAACACCAUGAUUAUUCCACUCACCCCAAGUACGAGUUUGAGUAUAAAGUAGGGGACUCGCACACCGGCGAUCAUAAAUCUCAGCACGAACAUCGCGAUGGGGAUGUCGUCAAGGGACACUACUCGCUUCACGAGCCUGACGGCUCCGUCAGACAUGUAGAGUACCACGGCGAUCAUCAUAGUGGCUUCCACGCUGAUGUGAAACACAGCAUUCACCACAUUGUACCUCAUCAUAAUCAUUACUGA